AUGGACACCUUAGGGCCUACAGAGUUACUAGGGGUGGUCCGCCAUGAAUCUCUGUUCGCUAACACUGUUUCUAGCUCCACUAACUCGAUUUUCCCUGUGUCUGUUACUGCUCCUGAACUCUGCUCUCCAACUCCAGUUCCUGUAACCAGGGCAGCGCGGGCCCAGCUUUCCCUUGCUCCCGUAUCAGUUCCUCGGGAGAAGGUGGCUGAGGUCCAGCUGGUCCCUGCUUCUGUCCCCAGCCUGGCAGAGGCUCCGUUCAUCCCGGCACCCGUAUUUGCUCCUCGGGUGGGGUUGAUGGACACCCAGCCGUCUCCUGUUCCGGUUCCCCGGGUGAGGUCAGCCGUGAUCCUGCCGACUCCUGCACCCGUCCCAGUUCCUCGGGUGGGAGCGACAGAGGUCCAGCUAGGUCCUACACCUACACCGGCCCCCAGGGUUAAGGCAGCCAGAGCCCAGCUCAUCCCCGCACCCGUAUCUGUUCCUCGGGCGGGGAUGGCUGGUGUUCGGCCAGGCCCAGCACCCGUUCCUGUUCCCCGGAGGAGAACAGCCAAGAGCCAGUCACCAGCUCAGUCACCAGUUCAACUCCCUGAGAACCUCUCCAGCACCUCGUCUCCGCUGGCGGCUCUGCUCAGCCCGGCCAGCACCCACCCGUCUCCGCUGGAGG